CGUUGUUCAUCUUAAUUCUCCCAACAAGUCUUCUCAUCAUGUCUACCUCACAUAAGCAUAAUACUCCUCAAAUGGCUGCUAUCACACUCCUAGGAUUACUACUUGUUGCCAGCAGCAUUGAGAUAGCAGGGGCUCAAUCAAUAGGUGUUUGCUAUGGAAUGCUCGGCAACAAUUUGCCAAACCAUUGGGAAGUUAUACAGCUCUACAAGUCAAGAAACAUAGGAAGACUGAGGCUUUAUGAUCCAAAUCAUGGAGCUUUACAAGCAUUAAAAGGCUCAAACAUUGAAGUUAUGUUAGGACUUCCCAAUUCAGAUGUGAAGCACAUUGCUUCCGGAAUGGAACAUGCAAGAUGGUGGGUACAGAAAAAUGUUAAAGAUUUCUGGCCAGAUGUUAAGAUUAAGUAUAUUGCUGUUGGGAAUGAAAUCAGCCCUGUCACUGGCACAUCUUACCUUACCUCAUUUCUUACUCCUGCUAUGGUUAAUAUUUACAAAGCAAUUGGUGAAGCUGGUUUGGGAAACGACAUCAAGGUCUCAACUUCUGUAGACAUGACCUUGAUUGGAAACUCUUAUCCACCAUCACAGGGUUCGUUUAGGAACGAUGCUAGGUGGUUUGUUGAUCCGAUUGUUGGCUUCUUAAGGGACACACGUGCACCUUUACUCGUUAACAUUUACCCCUAUUUCAGCUAUUCUGGUAAUCCAGGCCAGAUUUCUCUCCCCUAUUCUCUUUUUACAGCACCGAAUGUGGUAGUACAAGAUGGUUCACGCCAAUAUAGGAACUUAUUUGAUGCAAUGCUUGAUUCUGUGUAUGCUGCCCUCGAGCGAUCAGGAGGGGCAUCUGUAGGGAUUGUUGUGUCCGAGAGUGGCUGGCCAUCUGCUGGUGCAUUUGGAGCCACAUAUGACAAUGCAGCAACUUACUUGAAGAACUUAAUUCAACACGCUAAAGAGGGUAGCCCAAGAAAGCCUGGACCUAUUGAGACCUAUAUAUUUGCCAUGUUUGAUGAGAACAACAAGAACCCUGAACUGGAGAAACAUUUUGGAUUAUUUUCUCCCAACAAGCAGCCCAAAUAUAAUCUCAACUUUGGGGUCUCUGGUGGAGUUUGGGACAGUUCAGUUGAAACUAAUGCUACUGCUUCUCUCAUAAGUGAGAUGUGAGAUGAGACACUUGAAAUCUCUUUACAUAAGUAUUACUUGGAUGGAAAGACUAGUAAAAACAAGAGAAAAUUUUUCUUAAUGCAAGACAGUAAAUAAAAUUGCACGUCUCUGUGACUCCUCAUGAAUUGUUAUCCAGAGACGAUGCAACUCUGAGUGGUUUUAAAUUCCCUUUCUUUGUGAUAUUGGUAAUUUGGCAAGAAACUUUCUGUAAGUUUGUGAAUUUCAUGCACCAUUAAUUAUACAUCAGUUCCAUGUUUGAUCAGAUUGGGAUUUGGUAA